CUAAAAUCACACACUUGCGUAUAUUUUUGCUCAUUCCCCUUUCUCGCCUCCUCCUCGUAGUUUCAAAUCCCAAUCCUCUCCUCUGCUGAUUCAUCACUCUCGUAUUCGUAUAGGCACCGAGACCUUCUAGGUCUGGUCCCAGAUUCGAUUCGCGUUAUAACAGAAGCGAGAUAACUUUGUUAAGAGGAUGGUCAGCGGCGGCGGCGGUGGUGGUGGCGCUAGGGUUUCGAUUCCGGCGAAGACUCGGAAGACGAUUCAGACGAUCAAGGAGAUCACUGCUGGGAACUACAGUGAGGAGGAGAUUCACGCAAUGCUCCUCGAAUGCAACAUGAAUCCCGAUGAGGCUACUGACCGCCUAUCCCUUCAGGAUCCAUUCCUUGAGGUUAAGAAAAAGCGUGAUAAGAGAAAAGAGAACAUUAGCAACAAGGAUUCUGUUGAGCCACAAUGGAGAUCUGGUGGCCCAGGCCGUGGUGGCAGGGGUGGUCGUGUGAACUUCUCUUCUCGUCAUUCAUCACAUGAUGGUGCUGGUGCAAAGAAUUCUUUCAGAAAAGAAAACGGUCCCAAGCAUAUCACCGAUCCAUCAGCUUCAACCUCCCAAGAAACAAUAACUAAAGACAAUGCAGUGUCAAGCCAUUCAGCUGUGAUGGAUAAAACUUCUGAUGUUCAUCAUCCUUCCAACCGACCAGCUCGUUCAGGCAAAGGCAAAGCUACUGGAUCUUCAGUCCCCUCAAACAGCAUUGAUGUUGAAUCAAGCAAAAAUCGUGUAGCAUUGAGCGUUAAUGAGCAGAAGUCGGCUGGUUCUUUGCCACUCCCUCGUCCAUCCUCCGCUGAGGUUCGAUUCACUCCCAAAUCUGUGGGCGAGCAAACAGCGCAUGAACAACACAUUGGAGAAGGCAAGUUCCAUAACAGAGCUCGUGGGGUUGUGAAGACCGCCGUGAAUGACGCUCAUGUUCCGAGGCCUGCCUCAUCUCAUAGCAACAGCACGGGUAGCCGGCCUUCUUCUAACUACAGUAACCGGUCGCAUCAGACCGUUGCUCAAAGAGGUAAGGAGUGGAAACCGAAGCCAGUGAACCAUAACACCACUACUCAGGGCUCCGUUGCAUCAGCUACAACCGAAACUCUUGUAGUUCCUACUGAAGCCAGCGAAAAAUCUGUUGAAGAUGUUGUCCCUUCUGCAGAGGGCACAUCUAGAUUGGAGAGGCAGCUUGAAGACUUGCAGAUCCAGCGCCAGCAUGUUAUUAUCCCAAACCAUAUCCUUGUUCCAGAGGCUGAACGAACCAAGUUUAGCUUUGGGAGCUUCGAUGCUGGAUUUUCAAUUACAUCAAGCUCGGUAGCUUUUCCAGAGACUGAGAAAAUAUCUGUACCUCUCUCUCAAAGUUCGCCGGAAGUUGAAGGAAGUUUUGAAGAGGAGGAAUUGAGUCACCCAACCGUCAUUUCGACUGAAAAGGAUGAGGAAAAUAAUGUUUACUCAGAGUCGCCUUCACAAGUUCCAAAUGAUAUGGCUGGUGAAGGUAUUACCGCAGCAGAUGCAGCGCCGGAGUAUGAUGUCUCCAAGCAAGAGAAUAUGUUGGAGUCCGAAAGCAAUCAAAACUCUUUUGACCACUCACCAAACAAUAUUAUCGGGCUUGCUCCUCCAGCUCCUGGGAGCCAGCUUCCACAAUUUGAGAAUGCUGACCCUCAAGCACGUGAUGCCCUUCGUAUUCCUAAUUUUGUGGUCCAGCAGCCAUUUGAUACAGCGAGUUACUAUGCUCAGUUCUACCGCCCAGGCCCUGACAGUGAUGGCCGUGUUUCUCCCUUUGCUGCGUCCAAAUUCAAUGGGAAUGUUACAGGGUUGCCUCCGCAUUCAUCUCAAACCAUGCAAGAGGGUGGAAAUAACGUAGUGCUGUCGACAUCUAGUCCAACUCCACUGUCAACUCAGGCUGCUGGGCUGAUGCAGAGCUCUUUACCUGUCACGCAGCAGCCUGUUCCUGUUUUCCGUCCCCCGGGAUUACAUAUGUCGCAUUAUCCACCAAACUACAUGCCAUACGGACACUACUUCUCCCCGUUCUAUCCACCUCUCCCGACAAUGCACCCGUUCUUAAGCAACGGUGCAUUUCCCCAGCAACCUCAGGCGAGCGGUGUAUAUCAUACUCCUCCACCCCUUGGGGCUGCUGCACCAGGAGGCAAAUACACACUUCCUCAUUACAAGCCCGGGACUAACGCAGGAAACUUGGCUCAUGUUGGUAUGCCUGGUGGUUACGGACCAUCAUAUGGUUCGUUCCCAGCAGGUUAUAAUCCCACCUCUGCUGCUUCAGCUGGGAAUUCAAAUUCCAAUGAAGAUCUCAGCACGUUGCAGCUGAAGGAAAACAACGGUUACAACACAACAGGGCAACAGAGUGAAGCAUUGCCUGUGUGGAUUGCUGGACCAGGAAGAGAUGUGCCAAGCUCUUUCUACGGUUUACAGCACCAUGGGCAACACGUGACUUACGCUCCAGCACAAGCUGGUCACGUGGCAUUCCCGGGGAUGUAUCAUCCGGGACAAGCAGUGACAGCACCAGGAGGCGUUCAUCAUCCGCUCUUACAACAGUCUCAAGGUGGUGUUGCUGGAGCAGAAAUGGGAGCACCUGGUCCUAACGUUUUCCAACAGCCUCAACAGACGCAGAUGAAUUGGCCAAGUAAUUACUGAAACAGGAAGAGUACAAAAGAAAAGUAAAAGAAGAUUUUGAGGGUUCAGGAAGAUAUGGUGCAGGUUUCGUUGACUUGCGUGUUUGUGUGUGCCAUUUAACAAAUUACCGAAGAGAUGAAAAGCUUUGAAGCAUGAAGGGAUUGACAGAGAAUGAUCAUAAGAGGAUAGGGGGAAGGUAUUAUUUUUUUUUUAUGAAUCAAAGUGUUUUUUGGUGUUUCUAUAUCUUUUUGUUUCUUAUGGUUUUUAGCAAAAAUUUUACUUUCUUAGUUUUGAGAAGAGGUUGUUAUUAGCUCUCUUUAUAAGUUUCUGAGCUAAGCCUAAGAACUUUGCUGCCUUGCCUGAGUCUGUAUCUGAAGACUCUUCGUUCUUUUCUUGGCCUUUUGGUCAAUGUUUUCAUAUCCGGGCCAGCAAUCAAAUUUGGACAAACUUUCUUGAUC